UCCAGUAUUACCACCGACGGGUGUCUCUCGUGAUGCAGACUAUCCAGCAUCAGUUGGCAGAAUACUUUGGGGUGGGCCAACUCAAUAUUUUGAUUGUACGGGAACUGUUAUUGCAACAGAAAACCGAAAUGUAGUUUGUACUGCAGCACAUUGCUGUUACGACAGUAUUAAAAACACAUUUUAUGAUAAACAAAAUUGGAUAUUUGCACCACAAUAUAAAAAUGGUAAUUCACCAUAUGGAAAAUGGACCGCGUCUAAAAUGUAUAUUGGCCAAGCUUGGGUGACAAACAAGGGAUAUUAUGAUGCGGAUAUUUGUCUCGUUGUAUUGUCGCAAUUGAAUAAUAAGCGUAUUGCAGAUGUUGUAGGUGCCCAAGGUGUCGGCAUUGAUUAUCCAAGAGGCAGUGUUCUCAUUUCAUUUGGGUAUCCGUACGACGCUGGCAAAGGGGAAGAAAUGAGCUUUUGUAAAGGUACUGCUAAAGCUGCAAAAGCUUAUGUUGGUUUUCUCGGACAAAUGGUUGCUUGUACAAUGGACGAAG